GUUUGAUUUUAUCCAUAAAUCACAUUUGAUUCAGAGUUACAUUUUAGAUGACGAUUUAAGCAAACCUGGUUGUUGGGUUGUUUACAUUGUAUUGCCUUACUAAAAAUAAACAAUAAAAACAAGUCGAUUCCAAUACUGUAGUUUUAAAUAUUUAGCUUACUUCCAGGCAGUCAAAUUGACAAUAGUAAAAUAUUCACACUCUCCACCAGACUGGAGACAGAUGUGAUAUGGAAGGUUGGAGGGAAAUAAAAUUCACUCGGAGUGGAAUUAAACAGUAAAUUAAAUAAAUAAAAUAUGAAAAAUACUUAAGCGAUUGUAGACACCUUGGAGGAGGAUGAACGUCUAACUGUCUGACACAAAAACCUCUCACAGGAAACUAAACAUUAUUGUUUAUCAGCUCCAACAACUCUUACUGUGAAAAGUCCGACCGGAAGCUGGUCUAAGCUGAACGGCAUGCUGGGAAAACUGUCAUUGCGGGAUGUUUUGAAGCGGAAGCUAACGUUAGCAGUUGGAAGAUGCAGAGGUCGGUGUCCAGUUUGUCUCUGAGUCCCAGUGUGAAGAUGAAACUGGUCACGGCUGGUUUCCAGUUCACCGCAGACCUGCUGCACCUCAAACCGCUGCAGCUCAGCAAAGAGGCCAGUCUGUCCCAGCAGGAGGCGCUGGAGGUGCUGCAGGCUGUGAGGAGGGAGGGAGGAGGAGGCGAUGAAGCAACAGCAGCAGCAGGAGGAGGAGUUGGGGGAGAAGGAGCGUUGGCUUCUCUGACAGCUCUGGAGCUCCUGCAGAAGGAGGAGGAGCUGAGGAGCAUCAUUACGUUCUCAUCUCAGCUGGAUGCCAUUCUCGGAGGAGGACUUCCUGUUGGGAAAACUACUGAAAUCUGUGGAGCUCCAGGAGUCGGAAAAACCCAGCUGUGCCUGCAGCUGGCGGUGGACGUUCAGGUCCCUCAGUGUUUCGGGGGCGUCGGAGGUCAGGUGGUCUACAUCGACACCGAGGGAAGCUUCCUGCUUCAGAGAGUCAUCGAUAUCGCCGCUGCCGCUGUACGACACUGCUCCUUAUUGGUCGAAGACGACGAGCAGCGAGCCGCCAUGGGGGACUUCACAGUGGAAACCAUCCUGUCCAACAUGUUCCUGGUACGUUGCCAUGACUACGUGGAGCUGCUCGCCGAGCUCCACCUGUUGCCUGACUUCCUGUCUGACCACCCGAGGGUCCGCCUCCUGGUGAUCGACAGCGUGGCCUUCCCGUUCCGGCAGCACUUUGACGAGCUGUCGCAGAGGACGCGCCUCCUCAGCGGCCUCGCCCAGCAACUCAUCACCAUGGCAACCACCCAUAACAUCGCUGUAGUAAUGACCAACCAGAUGACCACCCGGCUGCAGGGUAGCCAAUCGCAGCUGGUCCCCGCCCUCGGAGAGAGCUGGGGCCACGCCCCCACCAUCAGGCUCCUCCUCCACUGGUCGGGGUCACAGCGGCUGGCAGACAUCUUUAAAUCUCCAGAUCAUAAGGCGGCCACCGUCCAAUACCAGAUCACCUCGGAGGGAUUCAGAGACGUUGACCAAUCAGAGCAGCCGCCGAGCAAACGGCCCCGGACACACACCGUCCAAUCAGCUGCCAGCUAGAGAGACACCGGCUGCUGAUUGGCCAGAGAGACUGUGAUGUACACAUGAACACGUGUCUGUGUGAAGAUUCAGUCAGAGUGAAUCUCAGCUGGAAAGAAAAGAACACAGAUACAGAAACACAGACGCCUCAUUGGCUGCUGGAUUGUUAAUCAGUGGUAACGCCAUAUUGGAGAGGUCGAGACUUCCUGUGAACAAAUGGCAGUAAACAGGAGCUGCAGUUUUACUGGACAACAAGAACUACAAUGUUUAUAUUUCUCAACUAAUGGCAGCAAGUGGGCUUUAUAUUCAUGUGUUCAUAUGGAGCAGUGAGUGACAACA